CACAUUUAACAUUAAAAUAUUCGUUAAAACUAUGACUUUGAAUAUUGAUCAAGAGAUUGUGAGUUAAGUAGCCAUACGAUAUGUUAAUGUAUUUGAAGCUAAUCUUCUCUGAACUCUGCUUGUUCUGGAUAUCACUGGUAUAUUUGACACUAGUCCUCCAUCCUCUGACAUUCUGCUCAGCCACUGAUGCUGAUGCAGAGAUAUACAUGAACUUCAUGAAGAAACACUGUUGCUAUGAUGCCAUGCCAACAAGUUGUAAACUAGUCGUAUUUGACACCACACUUCAGGUGAAGAAGGCAUUCUUUGCUUUAGUGGCCAAUGGCUUAAGGGCUGCCCCCCUAUGGGACAACAAGUUGCAAAGAUUUGUGGGUAUGCUCACCAUCACAGAUUUUAUCAACAUUCUUCACUGCUACUACAAAUCUCCCUUGGUUCAGAUCUACGAGCUGGAGGAACACAAGAUUGAGACUUGGAGAGGUGAUUCAUCUCAAAACGUUUAUCUUCAGUGCUGUAACCGCUGUCUGAUCAGUAUCACACCUGAUGCCAGUCUCUUCGACGCCAUCUACUCUCUGCUGAAGCACAAGAUCCACCGACUACCUGUCAUUGACCCUAAGUCAGGAAAUGUGCUACACAUUCUGACACACAAGCGCAUCCUCAAAUUCCUUCACAUAUUUGGAGACAAGAUACCAAAGCCUGGGUUCUUGCAGAAAACCAUAGAUGAAGUUGGCAUCGGGACUUUCAAAGAGAUAGCCACUGUGCAAGAGACCGCCACGCUUUACGACGCCUUGUCUGUGUUCGUGGAUCGGAGGGUGUCUGCCCUGCCAGUUGUUGACAGCAAAGGAAAGGUGGUGGCUCUCUACUCCAGGUUUGAUGUGAUUAAUCUUGCAGCACAGAAGACUUACAGCAAUCUCAACAUGACCAUGCGGGAGGCUGUGCGGAGGCGGACUUGUUUUGUAGAGGGGGUCAUGAAGUGCUAUGGCCAUGAGACCCUUGAGACGAUCAUCGACAGAAUUGUUAGAGCAGAGGUUCAUCGGCUGGUUCUGGUGGACAGGGAAGAUGUGGUGAGGGGCAUAAUCUCUCUCUCUGACCUGCUUCAGGCCAUGGUCUUAACCCCAGCAGGUAUUGAUGCUCUUUGCUCGUAACCUCUGGUUGGAAUUACUCGCCUUUCAACCUCCACCUAACUGCCCCUCCCCUACCCCAGGUAGGCUCCCCCACCCUGUAGUACCACCUUCUUUUCCCUUCCUAGGUCUGUUUCCAGUCAGAACAUGGGAGUCCAGGUGUUUUCCAUUUGCAACUUUUUUCUUACAUUUGCAACCUUUGUUUGUCUUUGCAUUUUGUUUGCAGGUAACUAUUGUGUGUAUGCAAAUGUAUGUUGGUUCUCUUGGCAGUUCAAGUUCACUUUUACAACUAUUUAAUUGAAGAGGAUUUACACUGGAAGAGUUGUACAGAGUUGCAAAUCAGCAGUAUCACACACAGUUUAGUAUAUUGAAGAGCAUUAUUGCUAAACAAACAACAAAAAUAUUCUAGGCUUUUCCCAGGUUCUGACUUGUAUGGGAUCCGUUGUGUACUCAACUGGUUGGUUCAGGUGCAGGGAUAAAGACAUCUUUAUGUUGCAUGCAUGGCAGAAACUCAAACAGCAAGAACACAGUAGAAUUAAAUUUACAAGGCUCACUGACCUACAAAGUCUGCCAAGUCUCCCACAGCCAUUUUCCCCAACGGACAAAAAGUAAACACACUUACAUUGGCCAUGCUGUUUUUCCUCAAAUGUCAUCCAACCUUUUUUGUUUACCCAUUUAAUGAAGCGGGACUUUCCAGUAAAGGUUGUUGUAUGAUUAGAAGCGGGUGGGAAAUCUCCUAGGCUUGUCUUGUAGCAUGUUUAACAUCUCAAAUGACUGUAACAUUGAUGAUAUCCAUUCAUUGUCAAUUACCUUAACAUUUAAAUCAUGCGCUUCUAAAUGUGAAUUUAAGGCAUUCAUUCAUUCAUUUAUGCCAAUCUGGUUGUUAUCUUUAGAUAUUGCCUGCAAGUAAGACAAGUUGACAUCUUUUGAACGGCUCCAUGACUGAUGGAAGGAGAUGGGAAGAUAAUUUCAAGAGAUUGAAGGCAGCACUUUUUAAGUUUUAAUAAGCAUUUGUGUGUGCUUUUAUUUGCUCAUAUUAGGCCUAUUUUCCCAAUACAGAAGGAAGAUCCAAUAACAAUUAACCUGUCAAGAUCCAAAAGACAGUAUAAUCAAUCAUCUUAUUAAAUCUGUCUCAGUGGAUCAAAUUGACGUAUUACCCUGUUUUGUUAUGCGAUAUUGUUAUGCCACUACAUUAUUAUGUUUUUCUAAUAAAUAUUUUUCUAAAAUA